UGCAAGUUGCAAAAACAACAGUAAAAAUGUUAGUGAAACUGGUGUGGGUCUUUAUUUAUUGCCUUGUUUCUACUGCAGAGGCAGAAUUUGAACUGGGUUACUACAGGCUAGACUAUAAAGGAGGCCCAAUUUCCACAAAUGCUUUGAGAGUAGAUAACAACACAAACGUCUACGUAAGACAGGUCUAUACCAAACAAUACGAAUUACUUCCUGCGUCAGUCCGUACAAGUUCACCAAUUGCCACUUCAAAUGCUUAUGCAUCUGAGUUUACGUCCGAUUCCAAUGUCAAAGACUACCACAUAUACGUUAACGAAUUCAGCGGUCCCAGAACUCUGGAAAAUUUAAUCAUAAAAAACUGUAAAACCCUCACAGUCCUAUUUCGAUGCACCAAAUACGCAUGGGAGAAGAAAAACCUGAAAUACCUAGAAAUAUCCAACAUUGAGAAACUGAAGAUCCAAAGCGUGGCGCUGUAUCAGUCCCUGCUGCCCCCAACCGUCGUCUUCGAGAACAUAAAACUCAUAGAAAAUAUUCCCAGCCACACCUUCACCCAAACCAACAAGAAACUGAAUAUAAUAAGGUGCGUUUUGCCCUAUUACAAUUUUCACUCUAUAAAUUUUCGUAAUGUUUCAAUAAAUACAGUUCAAGCAAAGGCGUUUUAUAUGCCAGACAGCUUCGGAAAUGUCACUUUCACCAACGUAAUAAUAAGAACGUUAGAAAGCUCGUCCAUUAUAGUAAACCAUGACCAUAAGAGUGUUUUUCUGUUUGAAGACAGUACAGUGGGGCUUGUAAAACCAUCAGCUGUACGAGUAGUUGCACAAAAAAACAUUUUCUCAAACAACGGGUUCGGGGAAAUCUUACCUGUUGGUAUUAGAGCCACAACUGAUGAAUUUAACUUUAUAAACAAUACAGUGCAUAAACUAUUGCAUCGCCAGGGGCUCACAGUUACCUCCCAACAUGUACUCGUGACCACCAAUCAUUUCAAAUACUUAAAAACUGGUGCUUUCUUUGGACUGGGUGGUUCAGAGAAACAGUUUGGACGCUACCAAUUUGUUGGGAACGUGGUGGAUUUCGUAGAGGAAGACAGUCUGCUUCCUAAAUUAUAUUCGUACAGGAAUGUUUCUGGCCAGAUAGCGUUUAAGAAGAAUACUUUCUCUUGUGAAUGCUAUCAGUCAGGGUUGCUUCUGUCAAGGAUAGGAAAAGGGAACACCCAUACCACUACAGAUGAAUUCUAUAAAAUAGUAUUUGAUGAACGAUCUGAAAACGUAUGUUCGAGCACCUGCAACUUGCCGCUUUCCGCUGCUAAGGAUAAGAUUGUCCAAGGGAAAUGUACUAACAGAAUAACUGUUGCUGGUCUCUGCACAUCAAGGAAGAAAACUGAACUUAAACUAGUUACUAGUUCACCUAGAUCUGGCACUCCUCUAUCGCCAUUUACCAAGCCCUCUUAUGUCAUUCAAAGUAGCAAUAAGCCAGUUCCUAACAAGUUUAAAUUAGAAGCAAAAACAACCCGUUUUGUAUUACCCACAACACGUAUGGUGACUACCACAACUUCAUCCUUCAUAUCAUUCCAUGGUACCACCAAUAAACAAUCCAUCAACAAGCAGGAGAUCCGAAGGACAACAGUGACUUUACCAACAACACAAAAAUUAACAACUCACAUUGUUGAACCAACUAAAAUGUUGCCUGUAAAAUAUGUUACACCUAAUAUUUAUUCCUCAUCAUCUAAAAAUCCCUUCGGAGCUUCCAACGACGAUUUGCUUUUACCAUCGUUCAAAACAAAAUUGGAGACCAACAAAUCGACUGUAAAAUAUGAAUAUGCUGCACCUACUACUGAUUUCUCCUCGGAAGAAAACAAGGACGAAAAGUUGAAAAGCAAGAACACAUCUCCACUACCUGUUAAAUACGAAAUAACUACUUCCUCCAGAUAUACCAUACCUAAUAUUUCUGCUUCAGAAACUUCUGCAUCUCCAUUUUCUGGUAAAUAUACCGAUGGAUCAACGGUUGCAAUACCAACAAAAGAUGAACUGACCUCUUUUUCAACUGAUUCAUCAACCGAAGAAAACACGUCUCAUUCGUCUUUAGAAACUUCUUCUACUUUAUUUGAUAAAACCACUAACAGUGACUUAUCAACAGAAGAUGAAAUGACUUCCACUGACAGAUCAACUGAAGAAAUUACAUUUUCUUCUUCGUCUUCUUCAGAAACGUCUUUCUCUACGUUUCGUCAAAGAAAUGGCAGUGAUAUCCAUUUGGUAACAAGAAACCAACAACCAAAGGCCAAGGUCAUCUCUACAUUGUCAACAUCAGUAUAUAAUUUGACUACAGCUACUUUUUCAGUAACAACAGUACCAACUACUAAAUAUAAAGCUGCAGGAUCAUUAACACCUACCCCAAAAGAGAUAUCAGCAUUUGAUGAAGAAUUUAAAGUAAAAACAUCAAAUUCAAAUCUCAAAGCGAUAGUGGGAAAUUGUUCUAAGACUUAUUCUUUAUCUUUUUCGCUUCUACUCUUCUUAAUUAGCUUUGUAUUAAGUCUCUUAUAAUUUAAUUAAAACUCGUAAUAUUUGUAGGGAAAAUUAGACAUUAUUUACUUCUAU